CUUAGGGGAAAGGCAGCCACCGCUGGGGAGAGGUGGAGGUUGAGGAUUUCCCCCUCAGCUCGUGAGAGCGGGAGCCGGACACACGGACGGAUGGCCAGCCAGCCACCGCUCGACACGUCCACCGAUCGCUUGCCACCUUCUCCUCCCGUGCUAACGCCGGCCCCAGGGUGGCCUGUCCUGCACCUCCGCGACGUUGUGACGGCAGCAAACGCCUACUUGAGCUGGGCGCCGGGCCGGAGGCAGAGGCAGGCCCGUGACAGCCCCGGGCCCGGCCCUCCCAGUAAACAUCUGCCUAGCGCCCGAGCGGUCUGUCUGGUGUACCUGGCCCUAGCUGCAGGCACCACAGACAACCCUGAGGCCCCAUGGAGGCCCUGGUGCCACAGCCGGUGAAGCAGGAGGGCCCCGCCACCGAGGCCCUGACGGCAGACUCGCCCUGGCACCGCUUCCGCCACUUCCACCUGGGCGAUGCGCCUGGCCUGCGCGAGGCCCUGGGGCUGCUCCGUGCCCUGUGCCGCGAGUGGCUGCGCCCCGAGGUGCACACAAAGGAGCAGAUGCUGGAGUUGCUGGUGCUUGAGCAGUUCCUGAGCGCGCUGCCGGCCGACACCCAGGCCUGGGUGUGCAGCCGGCAGCCCCAGAGUGGCGAGGAGGCUGUGGCCCUGCUGGAGGAGCUCUGGGGCCCAGCCACCUCCCCAGACCAGCCGUCUGCAGUGAAGAUCCCCCGUGAGCUGGCAGAAGGCUCCGGGGCCAGUGCUGCGAAGGAGGAUAGUGGGGUGAUAACCCAAGGCCCUGCGGCUGAGCCCCCGGGUCCCGGUGAGACCCGCGCCGUGCGCCCCUACAAGCAGGAGCCAGGCAGCCCCCCGCCAGCCCCGCUGGCGCCUGGCCUGCCCGCCUUCCUGGCCCCGGGCGGCGUGGCAUGCCCUGAGUGUGGGAAGGCGCCGCUGAAGCCCGCGCACCUGCUGCGCCAUCGGCAGAGUCACUCAGCCGAGAAGCCGCACGCAUGCCCGGAGUGCGGCAAGGCCUUCCGGCGCAAGGAGCACCUUCCUCCUGUGCAGCCCCAGAGCUUGGCUGACCAAUUUGCACGAGUGGCUCCUCAUCCUCACAAGGGCCCCACACCUCCACCAGCUGCACGGAGGACAGAGUCUGGCUUGUCAGUUCUCAAAGGCGUCCAGCCGCUUACCCACUAG